GGGGACCUUUGUUCUGAACUACGAUGUCGGAUGAUAUAGAAGACACUGCAAUCGUAUCUCUUCGAGAUAUCAGGGACGAGGACGAACUGAGAGAGGCGCUGUCGGUGUUGGGGGGCAGCGACCCAGAACAUUGUUCUUACACUAAGGGCUAUGUGAAGAGGCAGGCGGUGUUCGCCUGCAGUACUUGCACUCCCACGGGCGUGGAUCCUGGUGGGCUUUGUCUGGCCUGCGCAAACAUCUGCCACGAUGGACAUGACAUCUUUGAGCUGUAUACCAAAAGACAGUUUCGUUGUGAUUGUGGCAAUGACAAGUUUGGGGACUUCAAUUGCCAACUAAACCCAACCAAAGACAGUGUGAAUCUAAAAAACAAAUACAAUCACAACUUCUGCGGGAAAUACUGCUCCUGUGAUCGGCCAUAUCCAGACGCAGACGACCAGGUGGACGAUGAGAUGAUCCAGUGCAUUAUAUGUGAGGAUUGGUAUCACACCAGGCACCUGGGCUGUGCCGUGGUGGACUCUGAGGAGCUGCAGGAGAUGGUGUGUGAGGCGUGCAUGAACAAAGCCCCCUUCCUGUGGAGCUAUGCUGCUCAUAUUGCAGCGGCGCCUGUGAUCAAAGUUGGUCAUUCGGGGGAAGAGCUGGAGGUGAAUGUUGACGAACUGGAAAACCAGGAAGACCGGAAGUGUGAGGCCUUUAGAAACGGGGGCGAGGGAUCCUCCUGCCAAACCCUGGACAAGCAACCAGAAAACCGAAGUGCGGCCUUCAAGCGGACGCACCAGGAGAUGACGGACAGCCCGGUGAAGACCCACGGCUGCAGGCUGAAGGAGCUCCCGACCGGGGGUCCGCACAGGGCGAGGGAGGGAGCCGUGUUCUGGCCCUAUAAUUGGCGCUCCAAGCUGUGCACCUGUGUAAGCUGCAAGAGGGCCUAUGUGAAGGCGGAGGUGCAGUUCCUGUUGGAUGAGUCGGACACGGUGCUGGCCUACGAGAACAGCGGCCGGGCGCAGCCGCUGGGCGAGGACCGGCUGAUGUCAUUCCUGAGCUCCCUGGACCACGUGCAGCAGCUGGAGAUGAUUUACCAUUACAAUGACCUAAAAACAGAACUGACGACAUUCCUGCAGCAGCAUGCCGUUGAACAUGAGGUGGUCACAGCAGAGGACAUAGAGCAGUUCUUCGAGGGGCUACAGUCGAGGAAGAGGGGGCGACCCAACGCAGGCUACUGAGGAGGCACUGGACCGAUGCUUCCCUUACAGUGCCUAGGACUGAUCUGGGACCAUCUUUUCCUGUUCAAUACCGUUUAGAAACGUGCUGCUACCGAUACUUGAACAGUGAAGGGGAUUUGAAGAGCCAGAUGUACUGGUAUCCAUAAGUUCGUUAACGCCUACCUUGCCUUCAUCGUUCAUACUUGAAUUAGUCACUUUUUUUUUUACCAUUAGACGAGGUUCGUCAACAUCUGCCUAGUGUGCUUUAAGUCAUGUUUUGUGCCUCCUUGGAGACCUAACGGUCCAUUAUGAAUGAACACAGCGUUUUGUCAGCCUGGGAAACACCAGUGUGCAUUCCCCUGUGAUUUCCAUGAGUAGGCAGAGUGCUCCUUAGUGCGGCGUGACGUUUGGACUUAUUGAUGCUGACGGGUGUGCAAGCCAAAUCUGUUUACUCUGCACCAUUGAUGUGAAAUAUUGCUGAUAGUGGUUAAAACACACGUUCUGCUAACCAGCCACGUAGAUGUUCUGAAUGUAUUAAAGACCCAAGUGAAAUGACUGAACUCCAUUAUAACAAACCAGUUUAUUUUUGAGGAUGCCAGGAUUGACCACUGUUAAGCACCUUUUGGGAGGUGACAGUAGAAAAAUAGAUUCAGUGAAACUAAAUGCAACUUGGUACAUCAAUCUAAAAAAAGGUAUUUGUAUACCACACAAGUACGGGGGUACCUGUUUUUUUUAUAAAUUCAACACAAGCAGUCACACAUGUUCAUGGUGGUUCUGUUUCAAAAGAAAGGUGCUAAAUGAUAAAACUGUACAGAGAAGGAGCUACAUGUGUUUAAAGAACUACUUGACGCAGGCUGGUUGAGCUGGUAGAAAAGGCUUGCAUAGACAUCAAAGUCACUUCUCCAUUUAGAAGCCCAGCAGCGGCCGGGGGAAGGCACUGACCUCUACAGCGAAGAACAGAACAAAACCUCUUCUCGAGGGACCGCCGUCCUGGAAAGGAAAACACUGCCCGAUGCGAACAUGGGGAAGAAUCUGGAGUUUUGCAUUUUUUCCCCAUGAUGCAAGCUGAAUGGAAAAAUUAUCUUCCCUCGCCCCCCCCCCCUCAUACAUGGCCAAUUCACAACCACUAAGCAUAGAACUACUAAUCCUCAGACCCUUUUCUGACUCCUGGUACUCAGACACCACGGAAGAAAAAUAACAUUCACCUAGAAAACGAAAACACGGUAAUCCACACCAUCAACAAUAUUGAACAUGGGCCCUAGAAUGUGUAACAUUUAACAAGACAAAGGAUUCUGGGACAAGAUGGUUAAUGAUUUAUACCACCCAUUCAUGGUGAGGAUUCAGGGACGUAGACGGGGUGUACACGGUGCCUUCCACUACAGUACAAACACCAACUUUCAACCACUAAAAUGUGACGGACAAUUAACAAUCAAAAUGUGAUGGGACUUAAAUUGAUUAUUUACAAUAUCAA